AUGAAAGUAAACUUGAUUCCCAUUCUUUUCGGCCUAGUUAUGAUGGUGGGUCUGGUCUCAGGGCAAUCGCAGAUACUUCCCAAAUGUGGUCUGGAUUGCAUUACCAAAGCUGUCCUCAAUUUGACUUGUGCCCCAACCAAUAUUCCCUGUAUUUGCACCAAUGCAGCUCUUCAGAGUCAAGCACAUCAAUGCGUCCUUGGGUCCUGCACUAUUCGAGAGCAGCUAGUCACACUUCGCAUUACGAACACCCAGUGUGGCGUACGUCCAGCCCGUGACCGCUCAUGGGUGCCGCCGAUGAUCUUUUUCAUCAUCUUCGCUGGUAUCAUCUUCAUCUUGAGACUUGUAUCCAGAAUUGUGUGUCACAGCAAACUCUGGUGGGAUGACUUCUUCAAUCUCCUAGGAGCGGUUGGCUGUGUUGCUCACACGACUGUUGGAUUCGUGGGUGCCAACUUGGGUUUCGGCACUGAUAUCUGGGCGGUGCCCCCAGAAAACAUCACCAAGAUUCUCAUUCUCGCGUACAUUGAGUUCAUACUGUAUAACUGGUGCGAAAUUACCCUCCGCACGUCUGUCCUGCUCUUUUAUUUACGUAUCUUCGCCACCGGAACUGCACCCCGCCUUACAUUUUGGGCCGUGCUCAUUAUCAGCGACACUCUGAGCGUAGGCUUUUUCUUGUUCAAUAUUUUUCAAUGCACGCCGAUCAAGCAUUUUUGGCAGCAUUGGGACGGCGAACAUGAGGGGUACUGUGUCGGUGCUAACAAGGUUAGCAUUUCGGGAGGCGUCAUUGAUUUGUUUUGGACCUUGGUUAUUCUCGUCGUGCCUUUGCCACACAUCCUGCGACUUCAGCUACCACUGUACAAGAAAUUUGCAGUAACGGUCAUGUUUGCUUGGGGGAUAUGGUGUGUGUUGUUCUUUAUAACCCUAGCACCACACUUAACCUGUUACAGCGACGGCAUUGGGCUGCAAUUGUGGUCGGGGAUUGAACUUGAUGUUGCCGUCAUCUGCGCCUGCUUGCCAAGCGUUUACCCUCUUUUCCUCCGUAUGAUCCGUCGGCGCAGGCCGCAAGACCCACUACCUAUGCCAGACUCAUCUGUCGCCACCAUUGGCGGAUCGGGUGGCAAGAGGUCAGGGAACUUCAAGAGGCGCGACCACGGUAGAGUUACGGCCGACUGA